GGGCUGACUGACUCCGGUCGGGGCUUGUCUAAAUCAGACAGCCGCUUCGAAACCUCCUCACCGCCUGUCUCUGUGCGCACUCUCCGAGGAACCCAGGGGCGACGGUCGGGACUGGGAAUCACUGCAGUGGCAGAGGCAGGGGCACCCCCUCCCCUCCUUUAUCCUCCUCCCUCCCUCAUCUGAGCUCCCCCCCCGACCCCCCCGUCCCGUCCCGCGACCACCAUCGCCAAUAAGCGAUGCACUUUUUAUAUUGGAAAUCUUUUUUCUUCUUAAUUAUUUUUAUUUAAGGAAUGCAAGGCUAUUCUUGUAAUUCUGAACGGGUUUCUGAAUGCGAAACGACGUGCAUAUUUCUUGGAAACUGACACGGCAACAACCUUUUUUUAAUUUUUUUUUUUUUAAAGAAUCCAUUGCAUCAAAUAUUUUGUUAAGUAUUUACUAAAAAACAAACAAACAAACAAAAAAACCACAUUAUUUUCAACGCGAUAUUCUACUCUUUACCACCUUAACGCAUCAAGACAGACCUUUUUUUUCUUAACGGCGAAGGGAGAGACCGCUAAAAGAUAUAAAAAAGCUCGUUUGCAGCAAAAGGAUUUAGAGAGAGAGGGUGAAAAAAAAGUUUACCCCCGAGAAAAAAAAAAAAAAAAAAAGGAGCCGGAGAGAACGAGCAUUAAGCGAGACCGGGGUAUCCCAAAGUUGGGCUAUCUGGGCUCCCCGCCAGGCGUGUCUGUGAGUAGCACCUGCGGAGCUGCCCGUCGCCGCGGAGAUGCUGUCCCUAGACGAGCCCCUGGACCUGAAGCUGACCCUGUCGAAGGUGCGGGGGGCGAAGGGGGACCCCCCUCCGGACUCGCACAGCGCCCGGCAGUGCCAGCUUAAGAUGGCCCCGGACGGAAGCGCGGUGAUCAUGCCGGCUGUACCCUCCUCCCCACGCACAGGUCAGUCCUCGCUGCCCCGCUCUCAGUCCCAAAAGAAGCCUGAACCCCGAAACACAGCCACCCCCACGAUGGGGCUCAGCCUCUCCCCGCCCCCCGGCCCUGCGGAUCUGCCCGAAGGGAACAGGGCGUCGCCCGGCUUCAGCAGGGAUUCUCCACCAAUCCGGUACUUUGAGGGCGGGGCCAGUUCCCAGGCUUUCCAGUUCUUUCUGCCUAUUGGUGCAGGGGGCGGGCUCCACCUGCCAUCCUCCAUGUUCAUUGGCCCUCCGAAAGAGAAGCCCACCUCUCCGGAGCUGACCGCCGACGAGCAGCUGGCCUGCCGCUGGGUCAAGUGCAACCUGCUCUUCAAUUCGCUGCAGGACCUGGUUGACCACGUGAACGAUUUCCACGUCAAGCCUGAAAAGGAUUCUGGGUACUGCUGUCACUGGGAGGGCUGUGCCAGGAGGGGGCGUGGCUUCAAUGCCAGGUACAAGAUGCUGAUCCACAUCCGCACCCACACCAAUGAGAAGCCGCACCGCUGCCCCACCUGCAACAAGAGCUUCUCCCGGCUCGAGAACCUCAAGAUCCACAACCGCUCGCACACAGGGGAGAAGCCGUACAUCUGCCCAUACGAAGGCUGCAACAAGCGCUACUCCAACUCCAGCGACCGCUUCAAGCACACGCGCACGCACUACGUCGACAAGCCCUACUACUGCAAGAUGGCGGGCUGCCUGAAGCGCUACACCGACCCCAGCUCCCUGCGCAAGCACAUCAAGGCUCAUGGGCACCACGCGAUGCACGAGCAGCAGGGGGCGCUGCGGCAGGGGGGCAGGGGGGCAGAGGGGCCCUACGUCAGCGGGGCGCACAUCAUCAUCCCCAGCCCGGCCGCCCUCUUCGGCAGCCACAGCCUGCAGGGACUGGGCCGCUCCCUGCCGCUCCCGCUGAGCGCCAGGCCCCUGGACCUCAGCGCGCUGGCCUGCGCGAGCUUGGGGUCACCCUCCCUGGGUGCCCUGCCCAACCCGGUCCUCUCCUUCAACGGUGCUCCCAUCGGCCUGGCCAAAUCACCCGUGGUGUCGUCCGGCUUCUCCACCGGUGGUCUGGGGCUGCCCCUGGUUUCAUUGGUGACCGGGGGCUUCUCGCAAAAAAGCGGGGCGCCGUUCGGGAAGCAUUCCAAACUGGCUGGCUCCAAGCCCUCCAGCAAGCUGAGACCCAGAGGGGAAGACCUUGGGGGCAUGCCGGGGACCGUCCUGAAUCUCUCCACCAGGGCAGGCACUCUCUCCAGCCCUGAGUCGCUAACCCAGGGCUGGGUGGUCAUUCCUUCUGGCUCAGUUGUCCUCAAACCCGCUGUUGUAAACUAAUCCACAUUCCUGGGUGGGUGGGGGGCUUGGAUGGCAGUCAGUAGACGUCAGGAUAUAAAGGGGUUGCUCGUCCUGAAGCUCAGAGCUCAGAUAACAUUUCUUUUCCUCUAUACAGAUUUCUUAAAGACAGCAGUGGACAGUACCACGCAAUGGCAUUCCUUUUCUCUUUUGCUCUAAGAGGGAGGACCGUGGCUUUGCUCUGUGCAUUUUUAGGGGCAGCUUGGUAGAAACCUCUCGCUUUGGACUGGUGGUAAUGCUGUCCGGUCACCUGCCCAUCCCAUCGGCUCUUCUGCAUUUCUGAUUACAUGCAAACACACUGAACAUUCACCCGGAACACUUAAGACAUACGUUUUAAGCUGAUGGUUUUUUAAAGCUGUUUACAGUGGAUAGAUCCACAGAGAUCUAUGAGAUCCGGCAUGUCUGGUUUAAGCCUGUUAACCUGUAUUGGAAAGGGGCUGCCAGUUUGAUCCCAGUUCUUUGAGGUUGUGCAUUGGAUCAUUAUGGGAGAUUUAAAGAUGCAAGGUACUUUGAAUCCUGCCCUGUCCUGUGCAAUUUGUAGAAAUGCUAAUAACAUUGAACCCAGUGCAAUCUGUAAACAUACUGAUAAAAUAAAUAAAUAAAAUAGAAUCCAAACAAGCGGACGAGGUGGGAAAUUCUCACCACAGGACAUUAACUCAGUAAAAUAACUUGCAGUGGCCAGACACCAACCCCAGGGGGAGCCAUGGUCCAGGUCAUGCUGAGAGAGAGAAGCACCUGUGUUGAGGGCAGGAUCCCAUCCCAGGUGUUCCCUAAGCGGGCUUCUGAAUCUACCAAUUCUCCUCCCUGCUACAGCACAGUGACCAGCCUCUACCUGCUCUCGCCUGCUGUAGCGAAGGCACUUCAGAAACACAGGGAUCAUUCCCCAAGGACAUUUCAAUACAUUUUUUUUUUUUUUUUUUUAAGACGAGACAUUUUCUCAUGUCGACGUUGUUUUGUCUUUCGGUGUGGCUGUAUCACCAGCCGCGUAUUGUAAAAGGUUAAUGCGUGUUGCUGGGAAACCAGACCCCACUGGGACUUGUGACGUUUGCAGGACAAGGCGGACUGGCAGGGCAGGUUGCUCACUUCCGCUGCUUAGCUUGGCUCAGCUCCUUGCCCCCACUGCCUCCUGAAGCCCCCGGUCCUCCAUUCUUCCAUGCUGCAGACCGCAUUGCGAAACACCACCAGCUCGUCAGCCCAGGAAAGCUGAAGCAGCUUCCAUCUCCGCUCAGAAGCAGCCUGCCGUUUCCUGUAACCAGGCUGUGACUCAAAGCGUGUCUCAUGCAAUGGGAUCCGAGCCAGGGCCGUAAGCAGGACCGGGGCUGCUCCACAGACCCGACAAGGUGCUGUCCAGUGCACUGCAGUGGAGCAAGCCAAGGUUGACACGGACCCGCGCUGGGUCCAAUCUUUAAAUGUUAUUAUUAAUAAUAAUAAUAAUAAUAAUAAUAAUAAUAAUAAUAAUAAUAAUAAGCUGUUUGACCUAUUAACCCUUUGAGCACGCACCUGCACUUUGAACAUGCAACAUACACUCCCUCCCUCCUCCUCAUUUGCAACAAUAGUCUUUGUCUGCAGCGUCUUGUGAAUGGAAGGUCAUGGUUUGUAACUCUGUCUGCACUGCGUUUCCUUGUGCCCGCUACUUUAUCUGUAGUUAAAAGUAAUCAUUUCCAUCAGUGGAGCUUUCAAUUUCUUUUUUUUUAAUAUUAUUAGGGCUGUGUCCCACAUAGCAAUGUUUUAUUCUAUUGUUUUAUUAUUCUAUAUAUUGUUAUUGCUGUAUGUUUCUGAAUUAAGCUUUCGUCGCUGCUGCUUGACUAGAUUUGCAGCAGAUUGAUUAUUUGUCUUCACUUCCCCGCGCUGCUGAUGCUGCUGCUCAGUAAAAACCAGCAAUCCUGGAAACACAUCGCAGGUCUAAGUGUGCAAAGAAGAGUGUUAAAAUAAAGGAGAAAAAAAAAAACAGAACUCUCAUCUCAAAAAAUACUUUAUUGGUUAAAAAAACAUUUAAAAAAACGACUUGUUCGGCUUAGCAUUGCCUUCAUCCUCAUCAACCAAAAAGUUUUGAGUGCUUCUUCCAGCGGUCAGGGAAUACAGAUCCUUGGGCUUUCGCCAAUAGCAGAGCCAGCUUGAGACUCAGCAGUCCAGAACCGCACAGUUACUGCCGGGACCAUGGAGAGGGCUGCAUGCUGAUAGACUAGCAAUCUCGCUGCCCUUUGUCCAGUACCUCACUUUGCCAUGACCUCCCUGCAACAACAAUUCGGAUUGGUAGCUUGCCACCAGUUUCUCUCCCUCACUCUCCAUCCUCAGUACUCCGGGCAAGUACCUCUGUGAACUAGCCCACCACAUUGCGCGCAUUGAAAAGGAAUGUCGUGGAUUGAAGUGUAAAUAUGCUAUAGCAGUGCACAAAGGGUUAAUAUUAGACGAAGACCUGCGACAGGGCCACUAUCAGAUUGGGUUUUUUUCUGUUUAUUUUUGCACAUCAAGAUAUUUUUUAAUAUCAGUAUUUUUAAUGGUUCGAAGUGCCUU